AUUUCAUCCUUUUCCGGUUCAUGUUAACCUGUGUUACACAUGCGUUGCUGCGAGGGAACCAACAGAAAUGCAUUUGAGGUCGAGAUCUAUAUAGAUUUCUCUAUUUUCUCGAUCAAAUUUAGAUCUAGAUCUAUAGGGAAUUUAGAUCUACGCACGUAUUCUUAUCUUUGAUAUCUAGAGUCUAGAAUCGAGUUUUUAAAAUAAAAUCACACUCACAGACAGUUGAGACAGUGAGUCAGUGUAGUAGUGUGUGACAGUGACACUCACUCAGACUCAGUCCAGCCAGUAGAUCUUCUAGAUUUAGAAUUUAGAUCUAGAUUUCUAGAUCUAGCAGGAUUUUGGUCUUAUUCUAGAGAGUAGACUCAUAGCUACUAGGUCUAGUUCUUUAGAUCUAGAUCUACUUCUAACUAGAAUAGAUCUAUUACUACACUAGCUAGUCUAGUUCUAGAUUCUUGAAGGCCUAACUCAAUUUUAUCCAGAAGUUGUCAUGCCUUCUGAUUCUAAAAAGAAAAGAGAUGCAAAGAAGAAGGAGGCUGCAAAGUCUCGAGGUCAGAAAAAAGUUUCCAAGCAAGAUGGUGAUCCUGAGCCUGACGUCAAUGAAGGGGAGGAAGCUGAAUUAAAUGGUGAAGAUUUCAAUGGAGCUCCAGAAGAAGAAUCUUCAAUAGCUGCACUGGUGGAUGAAAUGGCAAUCGCAGCAAAACACAGGUCUUGUACAGGAGUUUUGGCCUCCCACCCUGAUAGUCGUGAUCUUCACAUUCAUAAUUUAUCUAUCUUGUUUCAUGGAGCAGAGCUGCUUAUGGAUUCCACUCUGGAACUCAAUGUUGGUCGCAGAUAUGGUCUUAUUGGUUUAAACGGCUGUGGUAAAUCAUCUUUGCUAGCUGCAUUAGCUGCGGGGGAAGUUCCAGUGCCAGAUCACAUUGAUACAUUUUUGUUGAGAAGAGAAAUGCCUCCCAGUGAGAAAAGUGCAUUAGCUUGUGUUAUGGAAGUAGAUAAUGAAAGACAUAGACUUGAGAAGGAAGCAGAGGAGUUGGCACACAACCCAGACCCAGAAGCCCAUGAGCGCCUCCUGGAUGUUUAUGAGAGACUUGAUGAGCUGGAUGCAGGGAAAGCAGAGGCUAAAGCUGGCUAUAUACUGCAUGGUCUUGGUUUUACAAGAGCUAUGCAGCACACAAAGGUUAAGGACUUCUCUGGAGGUUGGAGGAUGAGAAUAGCACUGGCAAGAGCAUUGUUUAUACGGCCGUGUUUGAUGCUGCUAGAUGAACCAACCAAUCAUUUAGAUCUAAAUGCCUGUGUAUGGUUAGAGGAGGAAUUGAAAACGUACCCCAGAAUUCUUGUGGUGAUUUCACAUUCUCAAGACUUUCUCAAUGGAGUUUGUACAAACAUCAUCCACAUGCACCAGAAGAAACUCAAGUAUUAUGGAGGCAACUAUGACAGCUAUAUACAGACGCGUUAUGAACUAGAGGAAAAUCAGAUGAAAAAGUACAAGUGGGAGCAGGAUCAGAUAGCUCAUAUGAAGAAUUAUAUCGCCAGGUUUGGUCAUGGCAGCGCCAAACUUGCCAGACAAGCCCAAAGCAAAGAAAAAACUCUGAAAAAGAUGGUGGACAGUGGACUCACAGAGCGGGUUGCAUCAGACAAGACCGUGUCCUUCUACUUUCCAAGUUGUGGUGUGAUCCCCCCACCUGUGAUUAUGGUUCAACAUGUCAGUUUUCAGUACAGUGAAACACAGAAACACAUCUACAAGGAUCUGGACUUUGGAAUUGAUCUUGAUACAAGAGUUGCGCUGGUUGGUCCCAAUGGAGCAGGAAAGUCAACUCUCCUUAAGUUGAUUACAGGAGAGCUAAUUCCUACUGAUGGAUUAAUCAGAAGACAUUCACACCUUAAAAUUGGAAGAUAUCACCAGCAUCUAGGUGACCAACUCGACUUAAAUCUCUCAGCCCUUGAAUACAUGAUGAAAUGUUAUCCAGAUGUAAAAGAGAAGGAAGAAAUGAGGAAAAUCAUUGGCAGAUUUGGGCUCACUGGCAUGCAGCAGGUAUGUCCAAUUAGAAAUCUCUCAGACGGCCAGCGUUGUAGAGUUACCUUUGCCUGGUUGGCUUGGCAAAGUCCUCACUUACUGCUACUAGAUGAACCUACUAAUCACUUGGAUAUAGAAACUAUUGAUGCUUUGGCUGAUGCUAUUAAUGAAUUUGAAGGUGGCAUGAUACUGGUCAGUCAUGACUUUAGGCUCAUAUCUCAGGUGACUGAAGAAAUCUGGGUCUGUGAGAAAGAGACUGUCACAAAAUGGGAAGGUGACAUAUUUUCUUACAAAGAGCGGCUGAUCAAAGAAACUCAAAAAAAUAAUGCUAAACUCAAAGGUCAAUGAUCCUGGGAAUGUAAAAUAAACAUUUUUGAAUGAUU